AUGACCACAACGUACAAUUUAUCUUUACUGAACUUACCAGUAGAAAUUCUUCACCAUAUACUCGAUUAUGUCGAUACAUCGACAAUAUUCCUGUCACUGUAUGAUGUAUGUACAUAUUUUCAAGCCGUAGUCAAGGCUUACAGCCAAUAUCGAAUAGAUUUUUGUUCGAUUUCUAAAUUAUACUUUCAUCGUAUUUGUCGGAUUAUUCAACCGGAAACUAUUCUUUCUUUAACGCUGUCUGAUGACAACAGAACACCUGGUCAAAUCAAACUAUUUCUAUCGUUAUUUAAUAUUAAUCAAUUUACUCGAUUAUUUUCUUUGCAUUUCAUUGAUAUUGACGACAAAGAUCUAUACACAGUUCUACGCUCGAGUCUAACAUCAACGCUAACAUCAUUACGUAUCAUUUGGCGGGAAUGUCAUUGUCCUUCUGUGGAAACCUUAGAUCUUCUUUCAAUCACCUUGGCCCAAUUGAAUCUUCAUAGGCUUGAAUUAAAAACUGCAUCCUACGCUAUUACGAAAAUGGUAUGGCCACGCCAAUAUACCCUAAAACAUCUCACAUUAAUGUACAUAACACACAGACAAUAUUGUACUAUACUUGGACAAACUCCUGAAUUGCAACGAUUGACAUUUAAUCAUUGUUCAAUGCACGAAGUUGAAGCGACUAUUGUACCGACGUUUUACGAGCUAUUAACAUCAUUGACGUUGACUGACAGUCGAAUGUCGAUCAACGGAUUGGUAUCGAUUCUAAUUCUCACACCUUGUUUGACUUAUUUGAAAAUCCUCGGAUUGCCCGAUGCGUUUGAGGCUGUUGCAGAUGGAUCGUUUUGGGAAAAGUUCAUUCGAUCGAAUUUAACUCAUUUAGUACAAUUUCAAUUCUACUUUACGAAUAUGUACUAUAUUUCUUACACAUCGCGAGAUGUUCAAUCAUUAGUCUCUCGAUUUCGAACAUCAUUUUGGCUACAAGAAAAACAAUGGUUCAUUACCUGCGAUUAUAUAGAUUAUCUCAAUCAAGUUAUGCUUUAUACAAUUCCAUUGUGUAAUCCCGACUUCACAUAUGAAUCUGAAAUGCAAAAAAUUUCUUAUUCAACGAAUUCGAAUUUAAUUCACGACGGCAGUAUCAUGACAAAUGAUGUGCGAAAUUUGAACAUGACCUUGACAAAAUUGAUAACUAGUACAGCUACAGAAAAUGACGAUCUGUCAAGUGAUUACGUUUUUCGUAAUGUUACGAAAUUAACUAUCGAUGUAGAUCAAGAUUGGUCAAUAAAUUAUGUUCAGCAUUUAUCGAAUAUCGUCGAUCUCUCGCGUAUGGAAAAUUUCACUUUUAAUCCUGAUCUUAAUCCAGCUUUGAUCGACGGUACCAUCGAUAGUAUCAGUACAUUGAUGGCAUUGUCAGCUAAUCUUAGUACAUUAGCCAUUCAUCCUUAUUCAUCUUCUUCGGAUGGUUCGAUGCUCAUCAAAGAGCUCUACAAUAUUAUUCCACAUCACAUAAAAUAUCUCGAAAUAACGAUAAGAGAUAUUGAUAGUAUGAAAAUGAUUCUUGAUCAUCAUGAACAUUUAUGGAGUUUAACCUUACUUGCUUCAUCUGACCAAGCAUUACCUUGGACAGAAUUCAUUGAAGAACUGAAGAAUAGAAAGAGAGAUUUCACCUAUUGGCAAUCUUAUUAUUCUUUGCAUAUUUGGCUGAAUCAUGCUGAACGUCUAUUCCAAUAA